AUAAAUGGCAUUGGAAAAGGGAGGCGGGGUUGAGGAGCGGGGAGGUGAGCCAAGAGCUUGUGUACCCGAGAGCGCCUGGGCUCCAGGACCCCAGAUCAGGCUUGAGUUGCCUGGUUCGGACGCCACCCUGGGAAAACGUGUCUCUGGACCUCGCCUCGGCGACUCCGAAGAAAUCGCGGAUUGGGCAAACAGCCCCUAAUAUAAUAAUAGCUUGUCUCUUUAAAAAAAGCCAAGGGAGGGGGGUAGAGUUUUCUUGGCAUCUGGUUUCUGAUCUCAUUAUGUUGUGGUCGACCAAUCCAGCCCUCGGGGCUGGUCCUCGAGUUUAAAUCUGAUUGGCCGAGAGCACAUUUUGGGACGGUGCAAAGCUCGACGGGGCGGUUUCAAGGAUCCCUUUGAGGGGGGGCCGGGCUGAGGAGAGGGCGGGGCCGCCAGCGGGGGCCCCCUUGAAACCGACUAAUUGGGAUCGGAGAGGCCGAGGUGAGGGCUGAAGGAGGCACAAAGGAGUCGCUGGGUAGAGGAGGGUGGGGAGAGGGGAAGCCCAGAGGCUAGAGGAGGAGGAAGAGGAGCGAGGGCAGCUGUGCGCGGUGUCUUCGACCACUCAGUCCGACCGCGGCGAGCCAGCAGGCGGGUGCGCCGCCCCCUCCCCCGCCCGGCCUCCCCAACUCUGCGGCCGCGAGCAAAGUUUGCAAAGAGGCGCGGGAGGCGGCCGGGCAGAGCUAGGCGGCAGCCGGGAAGGCGCGCGGUCUCGGGGUUGGGGGCGGGGGCUGGGGGGAGCCCAGGAGCCGAGUGGGGGGCGGCGGCCAGCAUGCGGGCCCGCAGCGCCCUGCCCCGCAGCGCCCUGCCCCGCUUGCUGCUGCCACUGCUGCUGCUGCCAGCCGCCGGGCCGGCCCAGUUUCACGGGGAGAAGGGCAUCUCCAUCCCGGACCACGGCUUCUGCCAGCCCAUCUCCAUCCCGCUGUGCACGGACAUCGCCUACAACCAGACCAUCAUGCCCAACCUUCUGGGCCACACGAACCAGGAGGACGCGGGUCUGGAGGUGCACCAGUUCUACCCGCUGGUGAAGGUGCAGUGCUCGCCCGAGCUGCGCUUCUUCCUGUGCUCCAUGUACGCUCCGGUGUGCACGGUGCUGGAGCAGGCCAUCCCGCCGUGCCGCUCCAUCUGCGAGCGAGCGCGCCAAGGCUGCGAGGCGCUCAUGAACAAGUUCGGCUUCCAGUGGCCCGAGCGCCUCCGCUGCGAGCAUUUCCCGCGUCAUGGCGCGGAGCAGAUCUGCGUGGGCCAAAACCACUCCGAGGACGGAGCUCCGGCGCUACUCACCACCGCGCCGCCUUCCGGGCUGCAGCCCGGCGCGGGUGGCACCCCGGGCGGCCCUGGCGGCGGUGGCGUGCCGCCACGCUACGCCACUCUGGAGCACCCUUUCCACUGCCCCCGCGUCCUCAAGGUGCCGUCCUAUCUCAGCUAUAAGUUUCUAGGUGAGCGUGAUUGUGCAGCGCCCUGCGAGCCCGCACGGCCCGACGGCUCCAUGUUCUUCUCGCAGGAGGAGACGCGUUUUGCCCGUCUCUGGAUCCUCACCUGGUCGGUGCUGUGCUGCGCUUCCACGUUCUUCACGGUCACCACCUACUUAGUGGACAUGCAGCGCUUCCGCUACCCAGAGCGGCCCAUCAUCUUUCUGUCCGGCUGCUACACCAUGGUGUCGGUGGCCUACAUCGCGGGCUUCGUGCUCCAGGAGCGCGUGGUGUGCAAUGAGCGCUUCUCUGAGGACGGUUACCGCACGGUGGUGCAGGGCACCAAGAAAGAGGGCUGCACUAUACUCUUCAUGAUGCUGUACUUCUUCAGCAUGGCCAGCUCCAUCUGGUGGGUGAUUCUCUCCCUCACCUGGUUCCUGGCAGCCGGUAUGAAGUGGGGCCACGAGGCCAUCGAGGCCAAUUCGCAGUACUUCCACCUGGCCGCCUGGGCCGUGCCGGCCGUCAAAACCAUCACCAUCCUGGCCAUGGGCCAGAUCGACGGCGACCUGCUGAGCGGCGUGUGCUUCGUGGGCCUCAACAGCCUGGACCCGCUGCGGGGCUUCGUGCUGGCGCCGCUCUUCGUGUACCUGUUCAUCGGCACCUCCUUCCUGCUGGCCGGCUUCGUGUCGCUCUUCCGCAUCCGCACCAUCAUGAAGCACGACGGCACCAAGACGGAGAAGCUGGAGAGGCUCAUGGUGCGCAUCGGCGUCUUCUCGGUGCUCUACACGGUCCCGGCCACCAUCGUCAUCGCCUGCUACUUCUACGAGCAGGCCUUCCGCGAGCACUGGGAGCGCUCGUGGGUAAGCCAGCACUGCAAGAGCCUGGCCAUCCCGUGCCCGGCCCACUACACGCCGCGCAUGUCGCCCGACUUCACAGUCUACAUGAUCAAAUACCUCAUGACGCUCAUCGUGGGCAUCACGUCGGGCUUCUGGAUCUGGUCCGGCAAGACGCUGCACUCGUGGAGGAAGUUUUACACGCGUCUCACCAACAGCCGGCACGGCGAGACCACCGUGUGAAGCGGCCUCGCCUGGUGGGCACCCCCUCCCUCCCCCAGGGCCGGACUGCGUGGUGCCCUCCUUCACUCGGAGGAGGUGCGCCCUAUGGACUCCUAUUUUAUUUUUUUAAAUAAAGAACAGUAAAAACCAUUAUUUUAGGUCGCUUUUUAAAAAGAACUCUGUCCAACACCCCCUACCAGGUUUGUAAUUAAAACUGUAAAUAGUCUUUGUAAAUUUAAUUAUUAUAUUUUAUAUUUAAAAGGAAAAUGGGGAAAAAAAAAAAAAAAGACCAGUGAGGGCGCCAGGGCUGAAGAAUGGGGUGGGGGUGGGGGAGGAGGUCUCGCCUCUUCUAAGUGCCCUUUUAAAAGCCGCCCUGUGCUCUGGUUCGAAUUUUUUGGUGAUUUGGCAGGGCUGGGCCUGCUGGGGAGGCACCUAGCAUGCGCGCUGUUUUUGUUGGCUUCAAGGAGUUGGAAGUUAGUUCCACUCAAGUUCUAUAAAAGCCAAAUUUGCAAGCCUCCUCGCCGACGCGGGGCCUGUGGAAGCUGUUGGAUAUUUUUUAACGAGACUUGGAUUCGUUUUGUUAUAUUUUAUUUCCCGUUCUUCUCCCCCACCCCACCCCCUUUUCACCCUCCUCAUUUGUUCUGUCUCCCUCACUCGAAAUCUGGAAACCUCCCAAUCCAGAUGCAGACGCGGAAAAACAUACCGCUUUUCGGGAGAGGGCGGAGAUGUGGGGAGGAAUGGCCUCCACCCCCCCCCCCCAGCCCACUCCCCCGCGGGCACGGAGAUCCUUCUGUGGUUUCAGCUCCGGCCCACGCGCAGAGAGUGGGCCACAAAACGCUUUGUGAAGUGUGUUUUGACACUCCCCCCCCACCCCCGCCCAGUACACACACCAUUUUAAGAACUACCUUCUUUCCUUGAAUUUUAGAGAUUCCACUAGCCUCUGAAGCCUGUAUUUGCAAACCCUAGGACCUUUUGCUCUUCGAUCCCUUUCUCUCCCGGUAGUCUGCUCCCCGCAGUGGUAUCCAGGUUAGCAGUUUUUAGGGUUGGGUUGUGUGUUAUGUGUGGGGUUUUGUUUGUUUGUUCUUGUUUUCCAAAAGCAGUAAAAAUGGUUGGGUUGGAGGGAGGGGAAUGGAUGGGCUGGUGGGAAAUUUUAGUUUUCUUUUGACAAAGACUGGCCUUUUAAAAAAAUAAAAAGUUGUCCAGGAAAACAAGAACAGAAACUACUGGGUUAAGUUCGCUUUAGAAGGCCUCUCUGGGCAGGCUCUUUGUGGCUGUGGGGAUGGGGUUGCGUGUUUACGUGACAUUCUAUAUCAUAAGAGUGAUAGAAUGUGUCUAACAUGUUUCUUCCCCCUGCACACAAAUAAAAGUAAAGAUUUUUCUUAAGUUAGCUGCCUGAGAGAUGAUAUAUAAAGUAUCUUUGCCAGUAUGAGAAUUCCAGUCUCCAACACACAUCAGUCCUCUCUGCUGUUUGGAGUCUUUUAGAAUUUGGAGGCUGAAGAAUUGCAGUCUAGCACGCCAGAGCUCUGCCCUCACCAUCUCUCCUGUUUCUUGAUAAUAGUGCAAAUUAAACCUAAUAAUCAUCCUAAUAAAGCGCAUUUAAUUAUCUUCA